AUGCAGCAAGACGACACACCUACAUACGGGGCAACGCCAACGCCGACGAGUCCCACCCGCCUCUCACACUUGCCUCGCACACGGUACCGAUCCAACACAACCUCAGGAGGACCUAUAAGUCGGAGAGACGGCGAGCGGGCGUGGCUGCUAGGAACAGGGGUCACACGGAGUUCCACAGACCUGAUUUCUGGGACAGGAAACAGAGGUUUCUCGAGGGCUAGGUCUGGAACUACUGGAUCCAGGUGGGGAUUUGGUGGUAAUCAGCAGUCAAUGAAUGGUGGCGGUGGAGGGUACGGUAUCCUACCUACGUCUGCUACUGGUAAUAAUGGUUCGGAGGCAGGGGCAGGCGAUCUUGCGAGGAGGGGGACUAUCAAGGAAGUCCCUGGACAAACACAAGACCCAGAGGAUCCCUUGAACAGGACAAUGUCGACGUCAAGGGACAAGAUGGUUCGGACUGAGUCUGCUCGGAGUACGGUGACCCUGUCGUCGUUUGCAAACAACAACGAGUCGUUCAGUGCUCGUCGCAAUCAUCUUCAUCGUCAAAACUCGUUUGGUGAUCAGCCAAAUCGGUUCAUUUCCUUCAUUUACUGGCUCAAGGACUUGACCACCUCGACCGACACGACCGACGAGAAGAUCGCCUCCACCGUUCUAAACGUGGUGAAUGUCGUGGUGGAUACAGUCUUUUGCGGUCUCUACCUGGUAGAGGCAAGCUACCUCACACGUCCUGAGAAACACGAGGACCACUGGCAUUACAUCAAUCGUAGCGCUCACCUCUGGCACGUUCUAGUCUUCAUCGCGACCUACAACUUUCUCACCGUUGUUUGUAGCUUCAUCUUUUCAGACUCCAAACUGGACUCGCUCAAGAGUAUUCGCCACAUCAUCUCCACCCUUGUCGCUAUCCCUUUUAUUGUCUCGGUCUUCAUCGAGAACGGUCAGAUGCUCUAUGUUCCAUACUUUUUGCAGAGUUUUGCUCUCAUCUCCAGGAUCCAGCAAGCCUUGAAUUUCUACAUUGACAUGGGUGUUUCUGACCUCCCGAUGGACCCGCUAAAGUCAAAGACAAUCAUCUUUGGGCUGUACAUUCUCAGCUUGAUCUACUGUGCCAUCUCUGCCUUCCAGGUGGCGGAGUAUGACCAAUUACUGAAAUCUAACGACCACAACGACCUCUUGAAGCUCUUCACUAUCGGAUACGGAGAUUUGACACCUAAGAACCAGGUUGGAUAUGCCAUUGUUAUCUUGCUUAUCAUGGCUGUUGUUUCCGUGUUCCCCUUCAUGAUCUCUGGCAUAAUGGAUGCCUUGGCCCAGGCCAAAGCUGGUGAGGGUAUUUUCAAGUCAGGAGGAAACAAGUUCAUGAUCAUCUCAGGAUCGCUUCACUCGGCUCAGAAGCUUGCCAACGUUCUCAACGGAUUCUGGUUCACUAACAAGGAAUAUUCGAAUGCGGCCUUCAAGAUUGUGAUCUUUGGUUUGAGCGAGCCCUCCAAGGAGAUUCAGGCAUUGUUGCACUCGGCGCGUUACAAGAACAGAGUCGUCUACCUGAAGGGAACACCCUUGGAGAAUAAGGAUUUGGAGAGAAUCCAAGCUAGACAUGCGGAGGGCAUCUUCAUUAUUGCGGACAGGAACUCACCCUUUUCGCCCCAGGAAGAAGACCGCCACAACACCUUGUCGACCCUGGCCUUCCGCAAUGUGAGCGAUGCCGGCAUCUACACCUACAACCUGCUUCCUGAGACGGAGAUCUACCAAAAGAUGGCGGCCACCCAGGUUGUAUGCGCGGACGAAUUGCGUCAGGUUCUGUUGGCGUUCAAUUGCUUGCAGCAGGCGACUGCGACUCUGAUCUUGAACUUGCUCCACCAACAUCGUCCUUCGGAAAAAUUCACGGAGGCUUGGGAGGCCGAGUAUGAUGACAGUCUUGGAAACGAGUUUUAUAUUUCGUACCUUAACCCCAUCUUUGACGGCAAGCCCUUUGGCUUCGUCUCCUGGUUCCUGUACCGUCGCUUCCAAGUCAUCUUGUUCGGCGUUCGUAUUCGCCUGCAGUCGGGAGAGUACCACACGGCACUGAACCCCGGAAAGGACUACCGUUUCCAGCACAACGAGCAGUGCAUCUUUAUCGCCCAGAACCCGACCGAUCUCGAUGACAUCAACGAGCUCGCGGAAAAGAACCUUGAGAACUUUUUGAACCACCUCCGCGACACCCAGGCUGAAGACGAUGAGGACAUUGGAGCGGAUUACCAUGCCAAGAACUUUUCGAACGCCCUUCUGACUCUGAGGCCUAGGAGCCAUUGUGCCCGGAGACGGAGAAAGACUAAAUCGAAGAGGGCUAUUAACGGUGACGCGGUGGCCGGUAUGGCGCCCUAUAGUCUUCAUGCGGGACGGUACGAGCUUCAUUCCUCCGUGCCGAUUAUUACGACGACUGAGGAGGACGAGAUUGAUUGUGAGCCCGAAUUCGAUUUGAUGUCUGGACCUGAGGACGAGGCAGAGGAAGGAGCCGCAGCAGGAUCGGAAUCCCUGUCUCCAAAGUCUAAGCAAGUGAUCUCGGACCAGGAGAGCCAACACAGUACCUUGAAACCCGCAUCGCUUGUCGGCAAGACUAUGGAGAGCAAAAAGGCGAGUAUGAAUCGGGAGUCGCGCCGGAAGUCGAUGCCUCCAGAUGAGCAGAUGACCGAGUUGAGCAUUGGGUACCCCACUGCCCCUUAUGCUGGUGCCAAGUUGCCACUGUGUAUCCUGGUUGACGCUAAGCAUGUCGGUGAGCGCAUUAUGAAGGAUAUGGUGAUAAGCAACUGGAAUGAUGUUCUGGAGACCAGGAAGGAGAAGGCGCAGGAAUUGGAGGCUGAGAGAAAGGCGCAGCGUCCUCGUUCGUCGUCCAUGUCCGGUCAGGAUUGGCAUUCGGUGUCGCAGACUGGAAGUGGUUCUCAGUCGUCGUCUGCUGCUUCAACGUCUAAGGCCAAGUCAUCUCCUUCCAAGGCGGCGCCUUUGACAUCCCAGCAGGAGACUGGACAUAUUUUGAUUUGCUCGCCCAACUUUGACAUUUUCCGUCUAAUUUGCACCCUUCGAUCGGCGCAUUUGAAGCAAGUCCAGGAUGUUGUCAUUCUCGCACCACGUCAACCCGACGCACAUGAGUUCAAGAACCUCAAGUGUUUCCCUCGCCUCUUCUUCAUCGUCGGUGAUUGCUUGUCACGAGAGGAUUUGGAGAGGGGCGCAAUUACAAAGUCGAGCAAAUACAUGUUCAUGAGGCACCCAGCGAAUGGUGGAGUCGACGGAUCGUUCUUUGACAGUGCCGCGGUCAUCAACCGGAUCCUGGUCCAACAGAUAUUUUCUGACGUCCAGGUCGCUCGUGUCAGCCGACUCGCUUCGGCUCCCGACAAUAGCCACAGCAAUUUGUCCUCUUUGCUCUCCACCAACACCGCCUUCAACUCUAACACAGGAACACUCUAUGGAGCCGCAGGUGGGCGUAUUGUCGCUGGCGGACCGACCCAGAAAAAGACCGUCUCGCUCGAGUCGUUGAACGAAGGUCCGCAGUGUGUCUAUGAACUCGUCGAGGAGCGGUCGGUGGAUUACUUGCAGAUCCGGAAGACGGAGAUCAGUCUUGGCCGGGACCCUCAUUGCGGGGUCGACUGUAUGCCGACCGUCCUUGAAGGCGCCGGAGGUGCGUUUGGGCCCGAAUCUGAUUCUGGGUAUUAUGGCUUGCCUCAGCAUCAGCAUGUUGCCGGAGCGGGUGGCGUGCCGAGGAGGAAACCUAUCUCUGAUGCUGGGACGGAUUUCUAUCAUAACCCGAUUUAUGCGUCCGGUGGAGUCUUGGUCGGGGGGUUAUUGGACCAUGUGCUGUACCAGUUGUAUUCGAACCCGAGUAUUUUGCAGUUGAUCAAGUUGUUGUGUGGGAUUCAGACCAAGGAGGAUAUCAAGCGGGAUUUUCAUCUUUUCAAGCAGUAUGGUGCGGGAUGUCAUUUGGAGUGUAUUCCUAUGCCCGAGGGGUUUGGGGUCCAGACUUUGAGGCCUGUUAAGGAGGAUGGUCAUUCCUCGUCUGGUUCUUCGGGUUCGAGUUCUUCGUCGUCCAGUUCUGAUGAUGACUCGAGUAGUGAUGAAGGCGAAGAUGAGGCGGAUGGUGCUGAUGGUGAGGGAAGUCAGGACAAGGCCGCCGCUUCGUCCAAAAAGGAACAGGACAAGGACACCAAGGCCAAGAAGGACCGCAAGAAGAAGAGAAGGUCGCACCACACGAGCUCCUUCUCCCGCGCAGCGUCCAAGGGCAAGAAGAAGAUCUCUGCCCUCUUCCACCCCCUCUCCUCUUCCAACGCCUCUACCUCUGCCCAUCACGACAGCGACGCAAGUAUCGACUCGGACUACAUGUACGACAACCGACACAAGAACUUUCUCCACCUCUACGAGCACUUGGCCCUCGACCAAGGGGUGAUCCCGAUUGGGCUGUUGAGAUUGCAGGGGGAUGAUCCCAAGAUGGUGCAUUUGGGGAUUGGCGGGUCGUCGAGGUGUUAUGCGAUCACCAACCCGUUGUUGGAUACUAUUGUUUUGGAUACUGACCAGGUUUUUAUCUUGACGCGGCAGGGUAGUUCUUAG